CCGGAUGUGAGAGAGGCUGCUACCAAGGCGUGGCAUCGUACUACAUGCGCUUCGUCAAAGGAUUUCAAGCAUCGCUGCACCAUUGUCACGACUUCAGUCCCCCUUGGUGCCUUUCGAGUUCAGCGACGAGGCCCGGCAUGCGUUUCACACGCUAAAGACGGCUUUGCUUCAAGCUCCCGUCCUAAGCAUCUAUGACCCGACGUUGCCUACCAAAGUGACUAUGGACGCUUCCGGUUACGGCAUUGGCGCGGUUUUGGAACAGCAUGACGGCACAGACUGGCAUCCGGUUGAGUAUUUCAGCCAAAAGGUGCCACCCAUCAACACUCUUGAUGAUGCGAGGAAGAAGGAACUCCUAGCUUUUGUCUCCGUACUUAAGCGUUGGCGUCACUUUCUCCUCGGGCGUCGGCGAUUCACGUGGGCAACGAACAACAAUCCGUUGACAUAUUACAAGACGCAAGACACGGUGAGCAGCACGAUUGGUCGGUGGAUGUAUUUCAUUGACCAGUUCGACUUCACCUCCAAGCACGUUUCGGGCUCCUCGAACAAGGCGGCGGAUGCUCUCUCGCGAAGACCCGAUCUUUGCGCCAUGGUGCAUUCCACUUUCGGCCUCGACGAGGACCUCCAACAGCAUUUCGUAAAUGGCUACAAGUCGGAUCCUGGAUUCUCCACACUCUACGCGGACUUAUCAUCGGACCAACCGCCGGCAAGCAACUAUCGCAUCACCGACGGCUACUUUCUCCUCCAUACGCGAGGCAAGGACUUGUUGUGUGUUCCCCAAGACCGCAUCUUGCGCACUCGCCUCCUUGGCGAAUACCAUUAUUCGCGGCUGGCGGGACACCUUGGCGUCGCACGCACACUCGCACGACUUCGCCAGCGAUUCCACUGGCCGGACAUCAUUAGCGACGUCAACCGGUACAUUCAGUCAUGUGCAGUUUGCCACCGGAACAAAGGGCGCCAUCAGCUCCCGUACGGCGAACUGAAACCAUUGCCGAUUCCUCGGGCACCGGGUCUCUCCAUUGCUAUGGAUGUGACCGGUCCGCUCGAUUUCUUCCAUGCGACGGCUCCAGAGCUCGCACGACUUUUGCAUACCGGCUGGUUUUGCGGCCACGGCGUUCCGGAAGACAUCGUCAGUGACCGCGACACUCGUUUCAUGUCGGCCUUUUGGACGACACUCAUGGUGGAAUCCGGCACCAGCAUGAAACCGAGCUCCGCACGGCAUCCUCAAACAGAUGGGCAAACGGAACGUGCGCAUCAGACUGCGCAGAUGAUGCUCCGCACACUCAUCCGCCCGGAUCAGAAGGACUGGGUUGACCGCCUUCCCGACAUCGAGUUCGCCUACAACACUUCAGUGCACCCGGCGAUUGGCGUGACUCCAUUCGAGUUGCACCACGGUGGACGGAAAGGACGUAUCUUCGCAGACAUUUUGCUUCCACGGGCUGCCGAUAUAGACGCCACUUGCUCCCCCGCUUCUACACGGAAGUACAGGGAACUGCUGGCCAAAGCCCGCGCAAACAUGCAAAAGGCCCAGGUCCGUAUGCAGCAGCAAGUGAACCGGCGUCGCAUCCCAUGUCCAAUUCGCGCUAGCGACCUAGUCUGGGUCGCCUCCGAGGACUUCACGCUCGAGCAGGACGUCUCGCUCAAGCUCCUCCCGAAGUGGAUUGGACCAUGGAUGGUCACUUCAACAGCUGGAGACGACCCCUUGGGCCCAUCAUUCAUCGUUGAGAUUCCCCCGCAUUUGACGGUCCACCCGAUCUUUCACACCUCAAAGCUGGCAGUUUACACUCUAGCCUCCGCAGCGGACUUCCCGGGCAGACGGUUACAGGACCCUCCUUCAAUGAAUGGCCAUCAGGAGGUCGACCGCGUUCUCACUCAUCGCAAGCAUGGCAACAAGCCGAUGCAGUACAAAGUUACAUUCAAGCAAUGCGAUCGGAACGACACACGCUGGAUCUCAAGAGCUGAUCUGAAGGUGGCAGCACCCCUCAUCUUCGCGCAUUACGAAAAAUAGCGACUUGCUAAGGAAGCUGCCCAACCUGCCCGCCCUGUACGGACAUCGGACAGACAGUUUCGCCCUCGCAGUUAGCUCGG